GAAUCACACACAAAAGGCAACCUUGGGAGAGCAGCCUGGACACAGACUUCGCUUGGAUAAAGGAGUCACCGGCAAUCCCCGGGUGAACGACAGCACCUCCCAGGAGAAGGAAAUGGCAUCCUCCCCGGAGCAGAACGAUGCAAUGGCAGCAGUAAAGGGGGGUCAACAGGCAGUCGAAGGACAAGACAGAGGAAAGAGACCGGAGUUGGAACAGACAAAGGUGGUCAUCCUCGUGGAGGAUAAUGACACAGAGGAUGAAAACCCCCCUCUGCUUCUCCGAAGACGGUCUGCUGACCAGACACAGCCGGUCCAGCAGAUGAAAUCACCCUUCUUGGCCCGGAAAGGACCCAUCUUGCAAAAUGCACUUUCUCACAGGUCCUCAGAGGACCGCUCUGGGCCAGCAAAAUGGAGACAAAAAACCGGACAGGAGAAUCCAGUGCCACAAAAUGGCACGGGAACCCCAUUACUGGAAGGAGGGGGGAAUGUGAAUUCAGACAAGUCUGCAGUCGUACCGGCGUCCCAAGGUCGUGCCCUUCUCAACAAGCCAGGAAUCGACGUUACUGCUGCCGUGGCGUUACACACGAAAGAUAAUUUAGAAAUGACAACGAUUACAUCUCCUCCCCGCAAUGGUGCCCUUGCCCUUGCGAGCAAGCCAGGAACCGACGACGGCCCUGCGGAGAGGAUGCUCAAGGUCACGACUGUCCCGUUGCUGAUUAGCCAAAGGACCGUGAAUUCUGAGGUGAAAACAGUCGCACACAACACCACGGGAGCCCCGCUGCUGAAUUCCGGAACAAUGGCGGCUGUGGCUGCUCCUCAGAGACCUGUCCCACACAGCGGUCUGAGAACCAAUAAGGCCAAACCCGGAAUCAGUAUCGAUGAUGCAGGAGAGGCAAGCAAGGCCACCGGGAUCCCACUGCAGAAAGUUGGCAGGACACAGAUCUCCCAGACAACUGCACUCGCACUGCCUCCGCAGACUCGUGCCCCCGACGGCAACACGGCAACGAAGCCUGAUGCUAUACACAGAUAGGGCUAGGUAACAAACCGGGAUGAAACCA